CACAUAUCUACAUAGUCAUUUAUAAUCAAUUAAUCAAAUAUGAGUACUUCUAGGUGCCCUUCUGAACCGUGUAAGAUUACUGGUAAGUCAGUGUGGCCAGAGCUACUAGGACAAACUGCAGAGAAAGCUGUGAGUGUAAUAAAGCAAGAGAAUCCUACUCUUCACCCUGUGGUGUUAAACAUAUCGAAGCCAAUUCCAGAGCCAGUAGAUUGUACUCGUGUUCUUGUCUUUGUUAAUGACAACAAUAAGGUUGCUCUCCCACCUGUUGUUUGUUGAACUUCAUUAGUACUUUUAAAGUGUUUCGAUGGACUUAUAAAAUAAGGCUUAUAAGCCAAUAGCUUUAGUUUACUGCUUAUUUCCCUUAAAUUUCCCGCUUAUCUACAAUUUCCAUCCUUUAUAAUAAAUGGCUUAUAUAAGCCAAUAUCUUUAGUUUGCUCCUUAAAUUCAAUAUAGUGAGUAUUGAUCUUAUGUCCAUUUAAUUUCAAUAAAGCAUAUCUGCAAUUUUCAUUCUUACUUCAACAGAAUUUUACUUAAGAUGUUUUCAAUUUUGAUCUAUAUAUACUAAUUGUCAAUGUAUAUUUGAAUAAGUAUAUCAUAGGCUACUGCAUCGAUCCUGUUACAGACAACAAGAUUACUUGUACGUUAUCUCGUUAAAUUAUUUUUAUUAGGUGUGGAAGAUUUAAUUCAUGAAAAUAUAAUUGGCCUAAUUCAUUUAAAUUUAAUUUGAAUAAUUAGUUUAACUGACGGUUUAG